UAGUUUUGUUUUCAAUCAUUACCCUAUUUCUUUCUCCAAUUAUUACCCUAUUUUUUCAAUUAUUACUUUCCCAUCUCUCUCUAUCUCUCUCCAAUCAUUACCCCUAUUUUCAAUCAUUACUCUAUUCCUCUCUCCACCCACUACCAAAACUAAACUAAACUAAACUCUCAACCAAACACAACCAAAAUCUUUGUACGAGCUCAACCCUUCCCCUCUCAUUCCCUCUUCCACCGGCCGCCGCCGCCACUGCAGCCGCAGCCUAAGACAGGAGGAGCAAAACCCAGAAACAGUAUCACUAGUUGAACGAUAAAAAGGAAAAGAGAUGGGUGAUGAUAAUGGGAAAACAAGGGAAGAAGAGAAGCAGCAGGAAAACAAAGCAACGCCAUCCGAUAUCAGCGAUUACAAAAUCAUCAAGGAAGGAGAGGCGGAGAUUCUCAUGAUUGCCAAGAACGAAGUCUUUUACAACAAAGCCCAGGUAAACAACAGGGACAUAUCUAUUGCUGUUCUGAGGACAUUUAUAUCCAAACGCAAAGAAGAGCAUGAAACAAUGCUGUCCAGAAGAACAAAAGCUGUGCAAAAGGUAUCAAACGACAGUGCUUCCAAACUGGAAGCUCCUAUUGAGUCAAACAAGGGUAAUGAUAAAUCCAAUGGUGAAUGUGAAGAGUCAGAAGAGACAUCUCUUGAUGAACCUUGUAGUAUCCCAGAAGAACCAGUCAAAAUCCUGGAGGGAAAAGGGCGAGGGGAAUUGAAGCCACCAAGAGUACUUGAGGCAUUGUCAGCUUCUGGGUUAAGAGCAUUAAGAUAUGCACGUGAAAUAGAAGGGAUAGGUCAAGUUGUGGCCCUGGACAAUGAUAAAGCGUCUGUAGAAGCAUGCAGGAGAAACAUAAAAUUCAAUGGCUCAGUGGCAUGUGCAAAGGUGGAGUCCCACCUUGCUGAUGCUCGAGUUUAUAUGCUCACCCACCCAAAGGAGUUUGAUGUGGUUGAUCUUGAUCCUUAUGGUUCUCCUUCUGCAUUCUUGGACUCUGCCGUUCAAUCAGUCGCUGAUGGAGGCAUGUUGUUGUGUACAGCUACCGAUAUGGCAGUGCUAUGUGGGGGUAAUGGGGAAGUUUGCUAUUCCAAAUAUGGCUCCUAUCCUUUGAGAGGGAAAUAUUGUCAUGAAAUGGCGUUGAGGAUCCUCCUUGCCUGCAUUGAGAGCCAUGCAAAUCGAUACAAGCGCUACAUUGUUCCGGUGCUAUCAGUUCAGAUGGACUUUUACGUUCGGGUUUUUGUUCGCAUAUACACUUCGGCGAGUGCAAUGAAGAACACUCCCCUUAAGCUUUCUUAUGUUUACCAGUGCACUGGUUGUGAUUCAUUUCACCUUCAGCCCCUUGGAAGGACUGUUUCAAAGAAUAAUAGCUUAAGGUAUCUCCCUGGGUUUGGUCCUGUCGUCUCUCAAGAGUGCAGCGACUGCGGAAAGAAAUAUAACAUGGGUGGGCCCAUAUGGUCUGCUCCUAUCCAUGAUCAAGAAUGGGUAACUUCCAUGCUAGCAGAUGUCAAGUCAAUGAAGGAUCGAUAUCCUGCCUACGAUCGAAUCUCUGCUGUGUUAACUACAGUUUCAGAGGAACUGCCGGAUGUUCCUCUGUUUCUUAGUUUGCACAAUCUUUGUUCAACCCUAAAAUGCACUUCUCCCUCAGCAGUAAUCUUCCGCUCCGCAGUCAUAAAUGCAGGAUUUCAUAUAUCAGGAACUCAUGUUAAUCCUUUAGGGCUGAAAUCAGAUGCUCCAAUGGAUGUCAUUUGGGACAUCAUGCGUUGCUGGGUCAAAAAUCAUCCCGUGAAAGCUCAACCGCCAGACCUGGCAGGAAGUGUUAUACUUGCCAAGGAACCAGUUCUUCAAGCUAAUUUUGCUAGAGCUGUUGCAUCCCUCAGCAAAGCACAAGCGAAGAAGGUGGCGCGAUUUCUUCCGAAUCCAGAAAGGCAUUGGGGCCCAAAACUUAGGGCGGGCCGUCAGAUCACCAGCAAGCAUGUUUCUCUAUUGGGUCCUCAGGCGCUAAAUGGGAUGAAUAACCACAAAGCAGAAGAAGAAAAAGAACAAGAAGAAGAGGGCAACGAGCCGCAAGCCAAGCGUAAGAAGACAGAAGAUCCGAAUUCGCUUUCAUGAAAAAUAUGCCUCCUUUGAAAUGUUCAUGCGUCUUCCUGCUGAAGGUGGCGCUAACAUGUUUUUGCUUGUCUUAUCUGAUUUUAUUCUGCAUUUUUUUGCAGUGAGAUAAUCAUCACGCAAAAAUGCCAUCGUAAAAUUGGGGAUUUGCAAGUUAGAAUCAUGUUUAUUUUUGUUUUUCAUUUUCUUUUAAAAUUAGCUUUUAUUCUUUGAGCUGCUAUUGUCACAAUGUUAUUUAUCUGUUUUGUUGUCUAACUCUUUUCAACUGAUGUGCCACCCUGAAUUUUGAUAUGGAGAUUUUUAUUCCUUUA